CAGAAGGCCGAGUGUUGGCCUGUAUAUUUCUUCUUCUUGCAAUGCUUAUCCUCGUCGUCGCCGUAAGAGUCUGGAUGAUCUUCAAGCAAGAUACAGGAGACAUCCCAUUGGCGACGCCACAGCUCACACAUGGCACAUCCACCACGACGCAGGAUACAACGACGCCGAAACUGACACGUAGGACAACCACCACAACCACUACGAGGGGUCCCCUGACCGACGAAGAGCUGACUAAACUAGCAGAAACGCGUCCCAUCACAGUCCUCUUCGUCGGUGAUCGCAGCUACAGCACCAUAUCGAAGGAACAAUUCAUGAUAUAUACGCAGAGCCAGCUUAAUCUGAUGAAUGCAGGUUUUGCAGAAAAUAACAUCAAGCUGAAGAUGAAAGUUUACGACACCUAUGUGAUGACUGAGGACCAGGACAGGACCCACCUCUUGGAAGUUCCUGGUAAACAGGUUCCGUCAAUAGACGCAAAACAAGCCUGGGAGACACUUAACACAAAAGUUGUUGAAUACCCUGGGAGCAACGAGUCCGACAUCGUCCACGUAUUCACGAGCAAGGUUUUGCUACGCGAAAAUCAGAACGUUGUAUGGGACUGGCGCGAAUAUGGAACAGGACCCUGUGGAGGACGUUUGAUACCCAGCAUCUACUACGACUCUCCCUUUUCCUACGUAGCUAUUACACAAUAUAUGUGGCCCAACACCCUGCUCAGGAUAGUGAAGAACGGUGAAUGCGAUGCCAAGCAUCUUGAUCAGUGCUACCAACAUCUCAUCCCUGCAUAUAAGAAUGACUUGAACGGAAGCCUAUGCUACACAACGACAGACACGCAACAGGCGCCUACAUUUUCAGGAGUAGUGGGAUUCAAAGUAGAUAAUUUCUGUAAGGCGGCCGUUACUUCAAGUGGACUAAAAGCGGUCCAAGGCUCUACAGUGAGCGAAUCGUGUACCACGAGGUGUGGGCAUCCGGGGUACUUGUAUAACACCACCUUCCUUGGUCCAUGCAAGGCGCCACAGACUUCCGGACAAGCAUGCUUCGACGACGACCAUGUGCUGUGCUUCUUCAAGCAAUGUAGAAAGAAAUACAGCGAGAUAAAGGCGCUGGCCCGUCGUAAUUGGAACCUACCAGACAGCUAUUACGACGAAGGUUCUGCCUGUGCAUCCAUGAGGUAGCGUUCAUCUGCUCAAGGUUGCCUGGUCGUGUCGAGCACGUUACAUUGGUUCGACUCACUGACUGCUGCCCCUGUGUUGUGUUCAAUAUUCGCUCAAUUGAGACAUUGUUUCAGAACUGCUCAGUAUUGUGGACUAUGUGACGCGCAUUCAUGCUCCUUUGUCACUUGUGUGUGAUAAUUGUUGAAACUGAGCUACAAUAACGUGAGGUUGCGUCAAGUUAGAUGCAACUCGAAACAAGGCUGAUUCUUGGAUGGUGAUCCUACAUUAAGCGCUGUAAGUGCCGUCAAACUACUUAAGUAAGUGUAGUAACUAGUAACCAGUAGUAAGUGUAGGUUAUCCGAAUGUCGUCGAAUGUCGUCGCGAACGACAGCACAGAGAUAACCAUGACACAUUACUCCUUAUAAAUGCAGUAAUGGAAUGCCAAAUAGUUCCAGGAUAC